CUGGGUUGCCCGAAGCAGCAGUACAUAGUUGUGUUUGUCCGCUACCUCGCCACCGUCGCGUUGGCCACUACUCGCCAACGAAGAGAUGACCAAGUACGUAGCCGACGAAGCCGACGCGCUGCGCGGAAUCGAUGUCCUGCAAGGCGUGCCUCUCUCGGGCUGGAAACCCGACGCGCAUUCGGACCGGUGCAAUGCGUGCGUGAAGAAGUUUCGCCUCUUCCGCCGCAAGCACCACUGCCGCGUCUGCGGCGAGAUCUACUGCUACAAGUGCCUCCAGGAACGCUACGUGCGUGUCCCGCUCGCGGGCACGGCGCUGACGCUCGCGUGCAUGUGGUGCGUCGACAGUGCGCCGCAAGACGAAGCGCUAUCGCGUGGCGUCCCGUCCACGCAAAAGUCGCUGUUCAGCCUGCCCCGGUCGACCGAGUCGGAGGUGCCACCACCGCCGCCCGUCGUCAAGUCGUUUCCGCUCGUGGCGACGCACCCGAUGCUGUCGCCGAUUCACGGCGUGCCCAAGCUCCGCAGCGUGCAGCUCCAGGCGCCCGCGAGCGCAACCGACUCGCUCGCGAGCAUCUGCGCGAGCAUGUGCGACGCCAUGGACAGUACCUUUGGUGCGCUUGUGCUCUACAAGGACGGCGCGCCGCUGACGGUGCUCACGCAGCAGGGCCUUGGCGCGUUCGUCAUGGGCGAAGCCUUCCGCCUGCUCUGCAGCCGCGCGGUCCUCGCGGGCCGCAUCUGCUGCGUCAACUAUUCGUCGGGCGUCUUCCAGUUUUGUGCCACCGCGCCGCUUCAAGAUCCAAAGACGCACGAGGUCUAUGGCUGCGCGGUUGUCCUCGACGCGUACGAGAAACCGGGUUUGAACCCAGCGCUCGUGCUGCCGCAUUUCGCCAAGCUCUCGGUCGAGAAGCUGCUGAGCAUGGACCCACAGCUGCGCCGCGCGCGCCCGCUCUGCAGCUCGUACCACGAGACGCACGCCAAGCUCAUUUCGAUUCGAAGGAUACCCAAGACGACCGAGCCGCGCUUAACGCAGUAGACGCUAGCAUAGACCCACCCGUAGAUAGAGUACAGACACAUUGUCCAUCACCGUCUUU